CCACCGUAUAAAAAGCGUAAAUCGGUUGGAGGAUAGAAAAAAAGAAAUUAGAAGUGGGAACCACAGUAUUAACGACCUCCUCUACUCUACGGUAAUAAAGGAGAGAGACUUCAGACUAGCUGAGCGCCAUCUUCGACAUUUGUACUCCAGUCCGAAGAGCUCUCUCUUUACAGCUCGUUCGAAGGUGUUCGAAUGUUCGAAUCGAUUGGUUUUCAAGGUUCACUCACAGAUCCCUAGCUUAAACUUGAGCUUAUGUGCUCAAUGGUUGAUUUGUACAAAGAAAUACAUACACUCCUGCAACACGGUCACGCAUUUCGAUCGUAAGAAGUGCUCAGUAACCAGGGAAGUGACGAGGGACUAGUUACGGUUGUGGAUGAAGGAACAGUUUCCGAGGUUCAAACCCUAAUUUCUCGACUCUUUCGUUGAGCAGGUUGCUGGAAAAUUGAUUAACUGUGACUCCUUUGGGCCUGUAGCUUUGCUGUCCCGAACACUAAAGUUAUCAAGAAAAAAUGAUAAAACUGAGGCACACCAAGUCAGAGUUCUUCUUCGUUUGUACCUCACCUUGACAAGUUGUACUGCUCUGGGUGUGCUUUUGCUGUCAUCUGAAUUCAAGUGGUUUAUACUAUGAAAGAUGUUAACAGCCACCAAAUUGGAGAUUUUGGAUGUUUGAUGGGUGUGUUUCUCGUUGUUAUUAAGCUUUCAGUACAGAAUUUGGGCUAGAAUAAAUGAAGCUCCAAGCAGCAGUUGCCCUUGCUUGUCUCAUUUGCAUGACCUGGAUUCAACAAAUUAUUUGUGAUGAAGUUUCUAAUACAUCCAACAUGAACAAGUGGACUUGUACCUGUUCUUCGGCAUAUCAGGGGAACCAGGGCUUUCCUAUUGAAACCAACUGCUCUAGCUCAUGUGACUGCAGUCCUGAGGGAGCAAGUAAAGAUAAUUGGACUUGCUUGUGUGGUGGUUCUGGGUUCCCUGAAGUAGCAGCUAGCAAUCACAGCACGAGCUGCUUUACAGCCUGCAAUUGCACUUCUGGCUUGUCUGAACAGCUGGAUUUGUCGAAGAAGCAUCUUUCCAUUAAAAUUCUUGUGAUCAUUCUGUUAACAUGUGUUCUGUUCACUACUCUGGCAUUUAUUGCUUCAGUGGCAUGCUAUGUCUACGGAAGGGAAAAAUGUCAUGUACAAAGAUCUCUUUUCUUAUCAGACAACUAUACAAGUUACAAUAGUGCUACAAACCUUAUAAGUCACAGAACUUCUUCAGCACCUGGAUCAAGAGUUUAUACUGGUUCACCAAUUAAACCUAUCACAGGUUGCAUUCGAUUACUAUUCAGAAGCAAUACAGAAACAAUACAUGGGACAAUUCUACAAUUUUCCUAUCCUGAGCUGGAGGAUGCAACCAAUAAGUUCUCUGAUUCUAAUUUGAUAGGUGUUGGGGGCAGCAGUCAUGUGUACCGUGGUCAUCUUAAAGACGGUAAAACCGUGGCAGUUAAGCGACUGAAAACUCAAGGAGGGCCAGACUCUGAAGCUAUUUUUUUAAAAGAGAUUGAGUUGAUAGCAAGACUCCAUCAUUGUCAUGUUUUGCCUUUGCUGGGCUACUGCUCAGAAAACCAAGGAAAGCAUGUUGAGAGGCUGCUUGUAUUUGAGUAUAUGUGCAACGGUAAUCUGAGAGAGUGUUUGGAUGGGGCUUUGGGGAAAAACCUGGAUUGGGCUACUCGUGUCGCAAUUGCACUUGGAGCUGCCAAGGGUUUGGAAUAUCUCCAUGAAGCAGCUGCACCAAAAAUUUUGCACAGAGAUGUCAAAUCUACAAAUAUCCUCUUGGACGAGAACUGGAGAGCCAAGAUUACUGAUCUGGGGAUGGCCAAACAUUUGAUGACUGAUGACAUUCCCAGCCAUCCCAGUUCUCCGGCUAGAAUGCAAGGGACUUUUGGCUAUUUUGCUCCAGAGUAUGCGAUUGUUGGAAGAGCUUCUCUUAAGUCUGAUGUUUUCAGUUUUGGCGUAGUUCUUCUUGAGCUGAUCUGUGGUCGGCAACCCAUCCAUAAAACAGCCAACAAAGCAGAAGAGAGCCUUGUCAUUUGGGCUACCCCUCGUUUACUGGAUAGUGGGCGAGUGAUUAUGGAGCUUCCUGACCCGCAACUGAAAGGGAAUUUCCCAGAAGAAGAGAUGCAUAUAAUGGCUUACUUAGCAAAGGAGUGUUUGUUGUUGGAUCCUGAUUCUCGACCAUCUAUGAGUGAGGUUGUGCAAAUACUUUCAACUAUUGCUCCAGAAAAAUCUAGGAGGCAAAACUUUCCCAUAUAUCUUUAUCCGAGCUCCACUCAUCUCAUUAAAGAUGAUGUUGACAUCGAGACGGCUGACAAACAAACUGAGAGUCAUGUUGAAAUAGAGGAGCUCAAGCGAGUCGUUUCCAGUCAUGGAAAAGAAGUAAACACCUUUUCCGCUGAGCAAAUUAAUGAAUUGUUUCUCGUUUCUUCGAAGGCUAGAAGUUGGCAUUCCCAAGAUGUUGAAGCAGUGGACUUAUCCGAGCCCAGGUUUGAAUCGUUCUGCAUGGAAAAUUUUUAGGUCCCGCUGAAUAAUUACAACUUGCUAACGAGUGAAGGUGCUACAGCAGAAUUGGCACAUCGAAUCUAGGUAACACUCAUUUUGGGGGCACACAUUUACUUCACUUACUUUCUUAUUGUGCUUCCUUGUUAAUAGAGGGAAACUGUAAACAAUCUGUUAGAAAAUUGAUUUGUGGUUACCUUCUGGGUUCUAAGUUGUUCACAGAGCAAAGUGAGAGGAAUAUGGGUAACUGUUUUAGCAAUGACUUGUGGUAGAAUUUUCUAUUUGAUUUUUUUUUGUCACAGGACCCAUCAUAAAGCAGUUGUUUAUCAAUUUAUUCUUUAAUGUAAAUUAUUUAUUUGUUAAUACCAAAAAGA